UUCGCCAAUCGCUUAUACAGUUGAACAAGACGCGCGUGGUAAUAAAGAGCACCUUCUUGAGUUAGUCACCCAUAGCGGUGUGUAGAACAAGUGCAGAGACAGAAGGAGAGAGAGAAGGGAAAACUCUCCGGUGAUUGAUAUAACUAAAUCGAGCAUCCGGACGCUUUACGUGUCUUUGACGUGUGCGCGUGGUGAGCCCUGAUUUGCGCUAUUGACAAAACACGCUUUAUUGAGCAAUCCGGGGCGGACAUAAGUGCCGAUUGUCCGCAACUGACGAGCAUCGGAGCAGCCAGGGGGCCCGAGCAGACCGAGACUGCGCUUGAUGAUGUCUUUUCCUGCGGGUCACUGAAAGGAAUCAAACUUAUCCACGAAAGGAAUAGCGCUCUCGACACAGGUAAAGGUGUUGCGCUCCAAGUCAUGGACAGCGCGCUUUACCACUCAGCGGGAAUAUUAGGCGCCCCUACGGCUUCGGCAAGUUUAACGACCGGUGGAAACAUGAUCGCCAGCUCCAAACCUCUCGCUUUUUCGAUCGAAAGGAUUAUGGCCAGGACGCCCGAGCCAAAGUCGAUACCGUUCCCGAACUUGUUUCACGCUCCAGCAGGGAAAGCGGACCCCAAGCAGGCUCCCGCCCCGCUGCACUGCAUGAUACCGCUCAUGCCGCUCGCCUGCGAGCCGUCCCAUAAACUUCACAUCAAUGGAUUAGACGCCAAUCAUUCCGAUGCGUUUUCUUACAACGCAAACGAACUCGUGAGCAUCGGUUUGAAUUACAAAAACGAGCAGCAAGACGUGACCCCGACCAUCGGACAAUACAAACUCUUUCGCCCACGCGUAGUGAACCAGUCGUCGUUCCACGCGAUGGGAGCCGCCGUGUGUUACCUGAACUGCGGGGAAAGCGCGUGUCCGCCUCACGCGGGUCUGGUCAACCUUCACCCCAUGGCUUCGUAUCUCCUCAACAACCCACUCCACGCGCGCCAGAAGGGCCUCUUUUCCGCGGAGAAGGGUAAGGGGAGCAAUGCCGUGGACAGGUAUCCUCCUCACGUGUCCUUCAAGGAGCUUUCUCAGACUCAUCUGCACCAUUACAUGAAGGAGAGCGCGCAGAUCCUGUCGGAGAAACUGUUCAAGAACUCAGGCAAAUUAAACAGCGGCUCUCCUCAAACCAAACCAAAGGUGUUCACCUGUGAAGUUUGCGGCAAGGUGUUCAACGCACACUAUAAUUUAACGCGUCACAUGCCGGUUCACACGGGCGCCAGACCGUUCGUGUGCAAAGUGUGCGGCAAAGGCUUCAGACAAGCGAGCACUCUCUGUCGCCAUAAAAUCAUCCAUACUCAGGAAAAACCGCAUAAAUGCAACCAAUGUGGCAAAGCUUUUAACCGAAGUUCAACUCUCAACACCCAUACACGAAUUCACGCGGGCUACAAACCUUUCAUUUGUGAAUUUUGCGGCAAAGGAUUUCAUCAGAAAGGUAACUACAAGAACCACAAACUGACUCACAGCGGAGAAAAACAGUUCAAGUGCAAUAUCUGCAACAAAGCCUUCCACCAGGUGUACAACCUCACGUUUCACAUGCACACGCACAACGACAAGAAACCUUUCACCUGUCCGACAUGCGGCAAGGGUUUCUGCAGGAACUUUGAUCUUAAAAAACACAUUAGGAAACUGCACGAUAUUUCCCCAGGAUCCCAUUCACCAUCAACACCCAAUGGAACCCCGGAGGGUCAGUGAAAUUCCUUUACUUAGCCUAUACAGAACGUAGGGUUCAUCUUCUAUGGCCUAAUAUGAUGUUUUAAAAAUCUAAUCGCGCAUGCAACGUUUUAUUUUUUUAAUGUAUUUUUUAUUAUUACUGUUAUUUUAAAAGACCAAAUAUUUUGGUAUGUCAUCAUUGUCUGUGAAUUAUUAUAUAAAUUCUUGUACUCUCAGGGUAACGACAGUCUUAUUUAUUUAAAACGGAGCUGUUGUCAUUGACUUAAAGAGAGUAACUGAAAUCAGUAUAUGAAACAUUAAUUUGUGUGACCACUGUGUAUUUACCCCUCAUUUUAUACAUUUAUUAUUUAUACAGUUCUUAUACUGUUUACCAACUGUACGCGUUUUGUUAAUUCAAUGUGAA